CGGACAGUAUUAGACCAGCAGUUGCGCGAAGACCCUCUUGGAAAGCCCCACGAAAUCGAUCGGAAUUCCUUAAAAACUUAACCCUCAAGUGAAAAAUGCUGAGGGCGUGGCUGCAUCGAAGUGGCAGUUAAAUUCUAAAAUCGGUUAUUAAGUUUUCGAACCCUCAAUUCCUCAAUUCAGUGCGUUAUACCCCUUCCUCGCCUGGCUUUCUGUUUGGGUGCUCCAGUUCCGUGAGAGAGAUAAGAUAAGUGGAGUGCAGUUCGAAGGGGAAAUUCGAGCAAUAGCCAAACAGACAUGAGGAUCGGCUGGGACCUGGUUCUCCCGCUCUUCGUGAUCAUCUCCUCCACCGCGGCUGUCAAUUGCCCUUGGCCAUGUCGUUGCACUUGGGUGGUGGACAGUCUGUAUGCCGAUUGCUCGAGGAGGAGUCUCCAAACGUAUCCGGACUUCGAAGGCAUUCCCGUCGAACAUUUGGAUCUGUCGGGAAAUAAAUUUGAAGAGUUUCCCACCCAAUAUGCGGACAUAGACUCCCUGAUCUACCUAGAUCUCUCUAACAACUAUAUCGCAGCCAUUGGUAGCAAGACCCUGAUUGGAUUCACUUCCCUGAGAACCCUUCUGCUGGCCAAUAACUCCAUACCUUCAUGGGAAGCCCUCAGUCCCAAUGAAGCCUUCAAGUAUGCUCCGAGUCUGAAGAGGUUGAGACUUGAUGGCAACCAUUUGGGCAUUUUCGGGAGCGGGGAGAGCUUCGAGCUGCUGACCAGUUCAUCCCUGACAGAGUUGGAGCUCGUUUCCUGUGGAAUUUCCUCCAUUGGCGGAGACCAGUUGAUCAAUCAGCUGCCAAGUCUGGAACGCCUUAACCUGGCCAACAAUAAACUGGAACAAAUGGCGGCUCUACCCUCGAGAACGCUGAGAGCCCUCGACCUGAGUAACUGCAGCAUUAAGGAUUUGUCUGGAUUCUUCUUGGAUGCCCUGCAGAAUCUUGAGGCCCUGAACCUAUCCCGGAACACGCAAAUCCAGUUCGACAGCCUGGCAGAGGAUCCCAUUCUGACCUAUAUGCUGCGGAAGUUGGACGUCUCCUACUGCAACUUGGACUCUAUAGAACUGAGUGGUUUGCCCCAACUGACGGAGGUGCGACUGCGGGGAAAUCUUCUGAGAGUAGUUGACGCCAGCACCUUCGCCAACAACACCAUGCUGGAGAUACUGGAUCUCUCCGAGAACGUACUGCGGCUGCUUGGCCAAGAUGCCUUCGCCAGCCUGAAGCGCUUGAAGGUGCUGAACUUGGCCUUCAACGAAAUAGCUCGUCUGGACAGGAACUUCAUCCGCAACAACGAUGUGCUCGUGGAGCUCAACCUCAGCCGCAAUGUGCUGCAGAAGCUGACCAAGAUAGUGUCCAACUCCGUGCGCACCAUAAACAUGAGCUGGUGUGAGAUCACCUCGAUUGAAAGCACGGCAUUGUCGAGUCUCUCGGCCAUUCAGAAGUUGGACUUAUCCAACAAUCUUAUCAGCGAUAUACCCACCUUUAUGAGGUCGGAAACGCUGCAGCAACUCAAUCUGGCCAACUGCAGGUUAUCUACUGUCCGCAACAGUACCUUCAGAGAGUUCCCCGAGCUGGCGGAUCUGCAUCUGAAUGGCAACCGCCUGACCAAUCCCAUUCCGCCCAGUUAUUUCGGCAGCAACAAGUUCCUGGAUCAGCUUUGGCUGGGUGACAAUCCCUGGAUCUGCGAGUGCCACAGCCCGCUCUUCGUGGAGUUCUACGACUUCCUAACAUCUAAACCAGCUAAGAUAAAAGAUAAAAAUCACCUACGCUGCGCGGCCCCUGCUAUUUUCUAUGGAAAACUUUGGGAGUUCGCCUGUGCGGAUGUGUGGAUCCAGAAUGCCAGGAGCAGUAGCAAUGGGGAGAAGGCCUGGUCCAUUAUCAUGAUCACCCUCCUUGUACUGGGUGCCUUGGUUCUGGGCUAUUCCUGCCUUCAAAGGUAUCUCAGAAAGCAGAAAAUCCGGCAGAGUGACAGGGAGUUCGAGGAGAAUGAUGAUGAACUAAGACGCAUACGUGAUCUCAACGACCGCAUUCUGCUAGAGGAUGCCACUCCCAGUCUGCAGCAUGCCCAGGAGAUCAGUCUGCUGCCCUCCUACGAGGAUGCCCUGCGAAUGCCCAAGUUGGUGAGGCCUGUGAAGUCAAUGAUGGAUCUCUCGGGUCCCGAAAGAGCUCGCAACUCCCGAAAGCUGAGACGCUCACAGACCCAAGCUGAUGGAGAUGGUUCCCAGUCGGAGGCGGAGGAUGGACUGCAGCUGGACUCCCGCCAGAGAUUCCGCAGCGUGGAGAUGCUCUCGAACAGGGACAAGGAAAGAACCGCCCAAUAUGGACCCUACAGGCGAACUGGUUACAUGGAGUACAAUCAGUCGGGAAGCCGGCGUUUCAGCAUCGAGGACUCCCGGUUCCCGGCUGCCCACUUGAAAACCCAGAAUCUGCAGAGUGCCGAACAGAUCGGAAACUUCCAGAGCUACGAGAACAGUCCUUACACCAAGCGAAAGCCCAAGAUCGCAGAGAUUCCUCCGUUUAAAAGGGUGAACAUGAUGGCGGACAGCGUGGAGUUCCUCACUGAUCCGGAGUACGACGAUGUGGCCAGUAAGCACGGAAGUCCUUUUGCGAAACGAAAGCCGAAGCCACCGAUCCUACCCCCUCCCAGCAUGAAGGUCAGUGCUCAGGUCUACACUCUGCAGCCGAGUCCUGUCCUGGAACUGGAUCCCGCCAUCGAGGACUACUUCAGUGCGGCCAAGAAGCAGCCCUCCUCUUCCACCAUUGCCAGUGAUUUCCAGGAACUGGAUGAGCCGGAACUGAAAUCCCUACCGGACGACAAUCGAUCAAGCGUCUCUCGCUCGGAUGCCGAGAAGGACUCGGAGCGGGGAAAGCGCAAGAAGCGGAAGAACUCGGCCAGUCGGCGGGUUAGUGGCAGCUUCUCCGCAGCCAAUGCCGGCGAGAGCUCUUCCAGCGACUCCGAGCUCAACGUCCUGGUCCACAAACCCAUGCGAGAGACUUUAUUUUAGGACCACCCACCACCCCCAACCAUAUGCCAUAUAUUGUUAGCCAUUCCCAACCUGUUAGCAUAUCCAUAAGACUAUUUAAACGCACCUUCAAAUAAAACGACAUUAUUGAGAGUUCA